ACCCAGCCAGAACCGAACAUGGACUAUCAUAAGGGACAAACAACCUAUAUAUAGGACCAUGACUACUUCCAUAUCAUCAGCUACAACCCAGCCUAGGGAGUCUUCAAACAAACACCAGAUAGUAAAAUCUACUUACCACCUUGUAACAACUACUGCCUACUAUCUACUACCAAAAUGAACCUCCUCACCACCCUCUCCCUUCUCCUCCCCUUCACCCUCGCCCACCCAACCAACCCCCUAACCGCCGCCCUGGACAUCGCCCACGACGCCACCCAAUCCGCUGCCAAUAUCAUCUCUUCCACCCCCAAUAUCAUCACCUCCUCUGCGCCCUACGACCUCGUCUCCGACCUCUGCACCCCAACAGGCGCAAACUACUGCAACCUCGGAAUCGCCACGUACGCACCCAACGGCCGGGUCCAGCUGCGCGAGACCUACGUCUACGAUCGCUCCUGCAGGGGACUUGGAGCCCUUCCUCAGAGUCUCGAUACAGGCCACUGGUCUCUGCAUUCGUUGCUGCCGUGGACGGUGGAGGUUGAUGUUAAGGGCGGUGGGAACAAGCCGGAGGGCGAUGCUUGGUAUGCCGGACGGAAAAUCGAUUUGGGGAAGAAGAUGGCGUGUAAGGAUUGUGCUGGGGGGCUGAAGGAUUGGCAGUGUUGUAGGGUGGCGUUUGAUUGUCGGUAGAUGACUAUCUUAGGUUAGUGGGAAUUGGUUGGAGAGAGGGACGAGGGUGUCUUUCGGGGUAUAUUGUUUCUGUCUUGUUUGCGGGAAUUGAUGGGUUUGGGUCAGUCCUGAAUUCAACGAGAAGAUUAUGUUAAAAGGUAGAGUGUGAUUGUGUGUGUAGAAAAGGGGUUAAUGGAAGUGGAGAAUAAUGGUCUCUUUUAUAGGUAGUAUGAUUUUGGGACGGACGUAUUGCUCCGUCUGCUGUCCGAUAUGUCGUUUCUGGUCUCACAGGCAACAUUUUGACAUAUGAUGUCGUCUAUUCCGAUUAGUCCCGUAAUGGCCAGCCUGAUUGCAGAUGACCACCUACAUUAACCCUUUCAGACAACACAGAAAGCUUCGCAGCUGAAUGGCUCGUGUCCUUGGAUGAAGGACAUGCUAGGUGACUAUAACUACCGAGUUAAGG